AUGAAUUCUUCUGUAAUAUACGCCGUGAACUCGACAAUUUCUGAGAUAACACAGGAUACAGUGAAAACCUACAAGGCCAUGGUUCCACAAUCAUCAUUAGGAUCCUCCAUCACACUUAAGGAGGAAAGCGGCAUGAAAAGCGAGACUGUGAUCAAAGUUGUCGUUCUUUCUAUCAUUAUUGUAAUGGGGAUAUUUGGUAAUGUAAUGGUUAUCUACUCUGUCGUCAGCAACAAAAGAUUUCACAAACCUCCAUUCUACUAUCUAAUAAGUCAAUCAAUUUCGGAUCUGUCCAGAGCUGUGUUUUGUUUGCCGUUUGUUUUGGCUUCGGUCGCGCAAGGAUCAGUUUGGCGUCACGGUGAUUCCGCCUGUACCCUUUUAGCUUUUGCAAACACGUUUUUCGUGUUUAGUUCAGCAGUGUCGUUAAUGGCGAUCGUCGUUGAUAGACAUUUAGCUAUAGUGUAUUCCCAUUUCCAUCGCCGGCGAUCACAGGGAUUACUCAACUUGGCUAUCGUGAUAUUAGGUUGGCUAGUAUCAUUUGCUGUAUCUUUCCCUCCAGUGUUUGGAAUGGGUACUUAUCGAUACAUUCCGGAAGAAUCACAAUGUGCGUUUAAACAUAAGCGAUAUCGAAUGAACGAUACUUUAGGAUUCGUUCUGGUCUUUUCGGGAGUUAUUGUAGCAACAAUGUUUUUGUACGUUAGGAUAUUUAUAUUCCUUCGUGAUCAUAGAAAAAUGAGACCGCUAUUCCGCGAACCGCCUCGGAGCAACAAUUGGACAUUUUUUGGACCCGGAGCAAACGCACAAGUUGUGAUAAAUUGGUUGAACGGAAUGCCAGUGGGACCACCCGCGCAAAUGCCUACCAUAACUCAGAACCUUAAUCAAACAACGGGACGUGUUGUGAAUUUACGCACGAGGAAAAACGAGCACUUGUGUCGAACGUUUUUUAUUGUAACAGUUGCGAUGUACUCGCUAUGGAUACCGUACUUGUUGCAAGCGUAUAUCAGUAUCUUUGGUAAGGAGAAAUCUAUUUCAUCACUGUACGUCACAAUCUCAGCAUGGCUAACCUACUCACAAGUUGGUAUAAGUCCUUUUGUUUACAUUUUCAGUAAUAGCUCUUUUAAGCGGAGGCGAGAUUUAAAAUCGUCAAACAAUUCCAAUUAUGGUCACGAGGCAAUCCCUCUAGAAUAA